AUGGCACCAGCGAAGGGUCAACGCCGCCUCUCCCUGUGCCCGGGGCCUCCCGUGGCCACCAUCCCCUUCGGGGACCUGCUGGAAGAGGUGGGCAGCAUGGGCACCUUUCAGAUUUUCUCCGUCUUUUUCCUCUCGCUGCCCGUCCUCUUCCUGGCCAGCCACAACCUGGUGCAGAACUUCAGCGCGGCCACUCCAGAGCACCAGUGCAGGCUGGCACAGCCCGGCAACCUCUCCCGGCAAGAGAACCUUGUUCCUCUUGGGGAAGACCUGAAGCCGGACCGUUGCCGGCGCUUCACAGGGUGGUUGGCGCCCAACUCUAACGACACGGCGGGGAAGGAGGUGGGACUGGAGCCCUGCCUUGAUGGGUGGCAGUAUGACCACAGCACCUUCGCCUCCACCAUCGUGACGGAGUGGGACCUGGUCUGCAACCUGCAGCCCCUGAAGAGCCUGGCCCAAUCCCUCUUCAUGGCCGGGGUCCUGGUGGGGGCCUUCGUCCUGGGAGACCUCUCGGACAGAUACGGACGCCGGCUGAUCCUUAUUGGGUCGCUGCUGAUGGUGGCCAUCAUGGGCACUGGGGCAGCCUUCUCCAACAGCUUCCUGGCCUAUUGCAUCUUCCGCUUCCUGAGUGGGAUUGGCAUCUCCGGAUUCCUGCUGAAUUACAUCUGUUUAAGUCUGGAGUGGGUGCCCACCAAAUACCGGGCGGUGGUCGUCUCCAUCCAGAGCUACUGCAGCACAGCUGGGCAGGUGCUGCUGGGAGGUUUGGCCUACGCCAUCCGCGACUGGCGCUGGCUGCAGCUGGCCAUCUCCGCCCCGUUCUUCGCCUUCUUCGCCUAUUCCUGGUGGCUUCCAGAGUCGGCCCGCUGGCUCCUCAUGAACAACGAACGGGAGGCCGCCCUGCGCAACCUGAAGCAUGUGGCCAGGAUCAAUGGGAAAGCUGCAGCAGGGGAAGCUGUGGUCCUGGAGAUGCUAGAGACCCAAACAGGAAGUAAUUCUCCAGGACGGGGCAACCACUCUUGCUUGGACCUGUUCCGCACCCCUGGACUGAGACGUAUCAGCUGUUGUCUCAUGUUCAUCAGUUUCUCCAUGAACAUGGCCUAUUUUGGGCUCUCCAUGGAUCUCUCCAUGUUCGACAUGAACAUCUUCCUGGUGCAGCUCUUCUUUGGAGCGAUAGACCUGGUGGCCAAGAUGGUCUGUGCUCUGCUGCUCAGCUACGUCGGCCGACGCAUCAUCCAAUCCGUUUCCCUCACCCUUGCAGGAAUGUUCCUUUUGGUCAGUCUUCCUGUCCCUUCUGAUAUGUUGACGGUGCGUCUUGUCUUUGUGGUUCUGGGUAAAGGCUGCUUAGCGGCAUCUUCCAUGUGCCUCUACCUGUAUGGAGGGGAACUGUUCCCGACGGUGAUCAGGCAAACGGGCAGCAGCUUCACUACAGUGAUGGCCCGGCUGGGUGGCAUCAUAGCGCCCCUCGUGCUGAUGGCAGGGGACUACCAGCCUUUCCUGCCCCUGGUGAUAUUUGGGGUGACGCCCGUCGUUUCUGGCCUUUCGGCGGUGUUUCUGCCUGAAAUGUUUAACGUCCCUCUGCUGGACACAGUGGAAGAGGUUGAAGAGAGAGCUAGAUGGAAAUCCAAAGCCAUCCUGGCAGAGACGCCGGAAAAGAGCUCAACAUCUCCGGUCAUCCAGUCAACCCGCCUUUGA